GCGCGGCAGGAUGGCGUUGGCAGAGAUGCAUGACGUCGGUGGAGCUUCGCGGCAGCUUCUGCCUUCUGAAGAAGGAUCGGCGUGUCACUUGCGUCUUAACAACGGCUGGUGCCUGUCCCUCGUGGCAGCACUUACAGUGCUCAUGGCCAUGUUCUACGACGUUUGCAUGGAGAUGAGCUUCGCAUGGGCGAUCGUGGCGUCCAUCGUUGUGUCGUGCGCGUCAACGGUGCACUGGGUGGCGCAUCCAAACAGGCCCGCGCUGCACCUGCUGUUUGUCUUCAGCUUCUUCAUGUCCAUCGCGGGCAUCACCGUCAUCCUAGGCAAGAUAGAGGGGUGGAAGCCAUCCACAUCUUGCGCACUGGGUGCCCUCACGGGCGGCUCCCUUAGCGCGGGCGUCUAUACGUUAGCGCGCUCUGCCAGCCUGUCGCUGUGCCACGCUGAAGCUGAGCCACACAUGGACCAG